AGAAGAGCCUGAGCGGAUGAGAAGGAGUAAACUAAAGAGCAAUUGGUUUAGAAUUCUGCUAGUUGUUUAUUUCAUUCUCUCUCUCUUCAUUUUCUGGCGAUGGACUGCUUUUCGAAGGACACUACCAACGCUAGAGGUCGUCUACACAUAUCAUCAUGUUCCACUUACGUUAUUCCACGGUUAUUCCGCUUACAUACAUUACAAUCUCUUCUGGAAAUUCAGAAUAAAGAAAACAGUUUACGUGAAGAAAGAAUAUAAGGAGAGCGAGGCAAGAUUAUUAAGAUGGUCAUUCGAUAAUGUAAAAUAUCUCGAUAACGUUGGCAGGGAAGGAGGUACAUACCUUCAUCACAUAGUGCACAAUUGGGAAGAUCUCGCCGAUAAGACGCUAUUCUUACAAGCGCAUUCACAAUGGCAUGAAAUGACGCAUGGAAGGUUACGAUAUAUAGAUUCCUCAACCGGUUUUCUCAGUUUAGGACUUUACGUAUUGUCACAAUGCGGUGAAUCUUGGCCAGGAUCAUACCCUCAAAUGAAAUCAAUUUGGUCAUUAUUUCAUGGUGAACCAUGUCCAGAAAAUGAGCAUCAAUUGUCUACCUGGUCGGGACAAUUUGUGGUCUCAAGGCAUCGUAUACGUCAUAACCAUUACAAAAAUUAUGUCGAAAUGCUGCAUCUAAUGACUGCACCAUCUGAUCAUCCCAUUUAUGAUGAGAGUCCGGAUGAUUGGACACCACCUCGCGACCCAAUAAACCCAUACCUUGGUCACUCACUUGAACGAUCAUGGCCUAUUAUUUUCAAUUGCAAUCAACCGACAUUUGCUACAGAUACAACUCAUUGUGGUGGAGAAGUCUUAUCAGGUAGCCCUGACUGUCAAUGUUUUGAUAGCGAAAAUUUGGAUUAGCCGCUAUCGCGAUUUUUAUACCAUCUAUCUGUACUUUACGAUGAUACAUUACCAAUAAACAAAUAGGGGGAUUAAUGAAAUU